CGGGCGGGCAAGGCGACAAGAUGGCGGCGUGCGGGUUGGGGCGGCUGGAGGAGGAGGCGCUGCGGCGCAAGGAGCGGCUCAACGCGCUCAGGGAGAAGACCGGCCGCAAGGCCAAGGAAGAGAGCGAAGCCAAGGGCCAACACCGGAAAGAAGAGGAAGGCGAACCCGAGAGGCACCGGGAACUCAAGCUGCGGAAUUACGUCCCCCAAGAUGAGGAACUGAGGAAGAGGAAGGUGCCCCAGGCCAGGCCGGCCUCAGUGGAGGAGAAAGUGAAAGACCAGCUGGAAGCCGCCAAGCCCGAGCCGAUCAUCGACGAAGUGGGACCUGAAAAGAGACGUGGCCAAGAAGCUGGACAAGCUGGAGAAGAGGACCCAGAGGGCCAUAGCCGAGCUGAUCCGGGAGCGACUGAGGGGGCAAGACGAAGACCUGGCGUCCGCCGUGGGCUCCGCCAAACAGGAGGAAAGCGAUUCGGACUAACCGGCCCCGUGGGCGCCCACCCGAGCUCCCGGCGUUGUCCCGUCCCGGGAGGGAACCGGGGAUCGACCUGCCCUUCCUCACCAUCCCGCCCGAGGACCCCUCUGGAAGCACAAGACCGGUUUCCCCUCACGCGUGUCCGGGCGGAACCUAUGGGGUGUGUGGGACGGGGGCGAGAAGGGGGACCCAAAUGUAUAUAUGUAUUUUGAAUUUUUUCUACGUAGCCCGAAGUGAGGGAGUGAGACCCACAGGACCCUACGGGGUUCACCCCUCCCUCCCUCCAGUCAAUCACUGGUAUCUAUCGAGCCCUUACUGGGCGCAGAGCGCAGUACUGAGCGGGUGGGAGACGACAGCGGUCGGUAGUUCCGUUCCCUGCCCUCGAGGACCUUAAAAUCCAGAGGGGGACGCAGGGCGUUAAAAAAGAUCGUGGAUUUGGACGUGACCCCUCGCCAGCUGAAGGUGGAAAAAGAUGGGUUUGCGUAGGGCCGGCGAGGAAGGGCCGCGGCCGAGGAGGGGACCCACCUGAAGCCCCCACCCUCCUCGGGCCGGGGCCCCGGCUCGGAACGGACGCUCUUGAGUCGCCACUGAAGCCAGCCUGGGCCUGUGGAAUAAAGGGGAGCUUUCCUCGA